AUGGCAAAGUUGCAGAAGAAGUAUGGACAUGUAAUGAUGUUAGUUUUGAUGAAAGGUGUGAAGGGAUACAAGUUUUGGGAUCCAGUUGAGAAGAAGACGGUGAUUAGUAGAGAUGCAGUGUUUGAUGAACAGUCUAUGUUGGGAUCAGAUGCAGAUAAGGUACAAGUGGAGUUGGAACAUGUGCCAGCAGUUCUUGAUAAGGGGGAGAGUUCGAGUUCUGCACCUGAUGAUGUUGAUCAUGAUGUUUCUGGCCCAACUGAUGUGCCAGAGAGCUACAAGUUAGCUCGGGAUAGAGUGAGGCGUACCAAUAUACAAGCUCCGGUCAGGUUUGGUUAUGAGGAUAUGGCCGCAUUUGCUCUUACGAUCACUAGUAUGGAUCCAUGUACUUUCCAGGAGAUUGGCUACAAGCGUUGUGAGUUUGAUUGUUGUGUUUACACUAAGAGCCUUGGUGAUGGUUCUAUGAUUUUUCUGUUACUUUAUGUUGAUGACAUGCUUAUUGCUGCCAAGAAUAUGCGUGAUAUUGUUGAUCUGAAAAGCCUUUUGAGUCAGGAAUUUGAGAUGAAGGAUUUGGGGGCUGCGAAGAAGAUUCUUGAGAUGGAGAUUCACAUGGAUAGAGGAUCAAAGAAGCUGUGGUUAUCUCAGAAGGGUUAUGUGGAGAAGGUGCUACAGAGGUUUGGGAUGAAUGAAGCAAAACCAGUGAGCACUCCAUUAGCAAACCACUUCAAGCUUUCUGUUGAUCAGUGCCCCAAGUCGGACAAGGAGACUCAGGAUAUGGUGGAGAUACCUUAUGCCAGUGCUGUUGGAUGUCUGAUGUAUGCCAUGGUAUGUACUCGUCCUGAUUUAGCUCAUGCUGUUGGUCAAGUUUGCAAGUAUAUGUCUAGGUCGGGUAAACAGCAUUGGGAGGCAGUCAAAUGGAUUUUCAGAUAUUUGAAAGGAGAUCUACCACUGGAUAUGUCUUCACUUUUGGUGGAGGGCCUCUUUGUUGGAGGUCGAAUACUCAGCCUAUAG